AUGACAAGCAACAAGAAGUUGUUGAAGCAUAUUCGCACCACAAAUGCAUUAUCUUCGAUUCCGCCAGUCUUAGAUAUUUUAGACAGAAAUGACACUUCGAAACUAAUUGUUAAAUACACGUAUGAAAUACCUGUGGUGCUUCUUCGUAUUUCUGAUUUAGGAAGUGCCCAAGGAAUAAUAGUAUUCACUGACUUUAGUGAAAUCAAAACAAAUACUUGUAUGAAAUAUGGUCGAGUACCAUAUUCAAUAGCUAAGGAGGACUAUAGCGUUGGUGGUGUUAUAAUUCCUAAAGACAGGUUAUUCAAUUCGUCAAUCAGACGUGAUCAAUAUGAUACAUUGGCUAAAAUGAUAGAGAGGUCCGUGCAGGGGGACCCGGAAGACGAUGGGUUUCUUAUAGCAAAGCUCAAUUUUGAUUUGAAAAUAAAAAACUGCAAGUAUUUAGAAGGAUACUUCAAUCACGCCGAAAUUGCAACAAAGAAGAAUCUACAUGAUUUGUUUGAAAAGGACUUGCAAUAUGAGUUUCUGGAAAUGUUGCGUAGAAUGAAAGGGUUUUGCGAACCUGAUGUUUAUAACGAACUUCGAGUCAAGUAUGACUUUUCUUCAUUCGAGAUUUUUCGUAAGAAUAGGAAUCGAGGUGAUAUUGAAUUGGACAGUCAAUUACCUGAUCAAAAACGUCGUAACUUUGGUGGUGGAAUUGCAGCUAAUAUGUUGUCAAACAAGAUUGUAAAAGAUAGCCAAAGAAUGAAUUUUGAUACACAAGCAACCCAAAUCCAUAAAACAGACUUUUUACAAGGGCCCAUCAUAGAAGAAGAGGUUAGCAAUCAACCAUUAAAUUUAGAUUCCCAACUACCCACAGUGACAAAUGCUGUGCCACCUGAUCCAACGGACUCUUAUGUUUCCAAUGCUUUCGAAGCACUCAAUAACACCAGUAGUCGUCAAACAGGGUCUAAUCUAUUGUUUCAUCGCCCUGUGUCUACAAGGUCUUCCACAACAAAUCAGAACACGAGUAAUGAGGGUAAAAGCAAGGGCAUUUCGCAAAUGGUCAUCCCUUGCACUCCUAUUCAAAGCUCAAAUGAAACCAAUUUAGAAGCACCAAGUUUUGCCUCUGUUGAUACAGCGGCCAUGAGUCAGGAUUUGGGAUCCCAACUGGAAAUGGUAGAGCCGAAAAUUGAACCAAGUAAUGGCCUCAAUUUAACAAGUAUAACAGUUCUACCUGAUUGGGAUAAUGUAACUAAGAAGUAUUUGGACAGACAUGAAAAUGCUAAGAUCAGAAUCAAGAGCAUAUAUGCAGCUCGAAACAAAAUGAAAUCUUUUCAAGAGAAUGUUCCUUAUACUUUGGAAAAAAUCAAAGUCAAAGGGAUGUUUCCUUUUCAUCCAAUUAUCAUCAAACCCUAUGCACGAACAUGGAAAAUAACUCCAUUCAAAAUUAUUGCCGAAGAUGUUGAAGACAAAAAUUUAACAUUGGCAAUUGAAAUUAGUAACGACGACGAAAUCUGCAAAUUUUUCAAUAUAAAUGAAAUUGAGGACGUCGUUCGAAAAGGACAAAGAAUCAACUCUCAAUUGCAACGGUUACUAAACCAGAAGAAGGAGGUAUUGCUAAAUAUCAAAAGGAAAAUCAGGACACUUCCCAACAACUUUAAGUAUACUUAUUGGACCAUUGACUCUCCAAUUAACCAAAUUAUAUAG